AUGGCCUCUUUGGCAGGCUGCUUCACCAAACAUGCUGCCGCAUGGACAACCACAUCACGGACCACCACUAGGGCAGCAGCAGCAGUCAUUCGUCAACAAAGUGGACAAUCUAUGUUGUUCUCUUCUACCACCACUGAUGAAGAGACAACACAACCAACAGUAAAAAACAACAACAACAACAACAACAACCGUAUUUCACGACAAGAUUUCAGCAUGGAUGUCAAAACCAUUGUCGGACAAACGGAUAUGGUCUUGUCUCAUUUAAAGUCUCGUCGAGCUUCUGACGAAACUAUCGAAGCGGCCAAUACCAUUGCGUCCCUGCAAUCCAAACGUGUCGCUCUGAUUCAAGAACGAGAUGAUUUUUUGAACCAACGCAAGGAAGCUAGUGCCAAGGUCGGUAUGCUCAUGCGCAACAAAGACGAAGCAGAUCCCAAGCAAGUUGAAGAACAAAAGGAAAUAUCUGCCAAGGCUGCAGAAGGAGCUGAAAAGGCAGAAACAGCGUUGGAAGAAAUUCAAUCAACCAUGGAUACCAUGUUGGCGGGAAUUCCCAACUUGUUGGACGACAAUGUUCCCGAUGGCAAGGAUGAAAACGAAAAUGAAGAAGUUUCCAAAUGGGGAGACAUCCAAGCACUUCCUACCAAAUUAGGUUGGGACAGCGACUUUGAACCCAAAUGGCACGACGACGUUGCCUCGGGACUUGGCAGUUAUCAGGCGGAAGCUGCUGUCCAAAUGAGUGGUGCACGCUUUGUGGCUCUCAGUGGUCAAAUUGCUCGAUUGGAACGGGCCAUUGCCAUGUUCUUUUUGGAUUUGCACACUACCGAGCAUGGGUACACGGAAGUAAAUGUUCCCUUUAUUGUCGGAAGUUCUGCCUUGGAGGGAACCUCUCAACUCCCAAAGUUUCAAGAAGAUCUGUUUGCCAUUACACCCGAGUCUCAUACUUGCAACGGAGAGAAUGCCUUUCUCAUUCCAACUGCGGAAGUCCCAUUGACCAACAUGCACGCCAAUAGCAUUCUAGAAGAAUCACAGCUGCCCAUUUCCUACGUCGCAUGGACUCCUUGUUUCCGGGCCGAAGCUGGAAGUUACGGCCGGGAUACCAAGGGUUUGAUUCGUACCCAUCAAUUCCAAAAGGUGGAACUGGUCAAAAUUACGUCGGCCGCCAACUCGGACCAAGAACACGAAACCUUGACCUCCCACGCCGAAGCUUGUCUGAAAGCCUUGGAAUUGCCCUACCGCAAGGUUCGGCUGUGUUCGGGUGAUAUUGGAUUCGCGGCUCGACAAUGUUACGAUUUGGAGGUCUGGCUUCCUGGAGCACAAGAAUAUCGUGAAAUUUCAUCCUGUAGUAACACUGGUGAUUUCCAGGCACGACGCAUGGCCUUGCGUUAUCGACCCGAAGCUCCUCCAGAAGAUCCAAACAAUAAUGAUGCUGCUGCUGCUGCCAAAGGAGGAAAGAAGAAGAAACAAAAGAAACCCAAGCCAGAGCUUUGCCACACAAUCAAUGGCAGUGGUCUUGCUGUGGGACGAACUUUGGUGGCCGUCCUUGAGAAUUACCAACGCCCUGAUGGAAGCGUACUCAUUCCCGAAGUUCUUAGACCGUACAUGGGUGGUAAGGAAGUCAUUGAGGUUCCUUCUAAAUAA